ACUUUUAUUUUUCGUCUAAAGCUAUAAAAGCCCAUGCAAAACCAAAGCAUUUCUAAACAUUAUCUCUGGAUUUGCUUUUUGUUUUAGCUGCUAUUUUUUGAUUUGGUGGGUGGCCCUUUCUACCUCAUAGCAGAGUGACAGUGAGAGAAGGACCCAGACCUUUAAUCUUGUUUUGCAGUGGAUUUAGCAGGAGAGAGCUACAACAGCCUGGAAAUUGCCAUGGAAAAGAUACUGAAAACAGAAUUGAAAACUUCCAUUCUGAAGGCAUUUGGAAGCUCGGGAGGAGGAUACAUCAGCCAAGGCCAAGCCUAUGAAACAGACAGUGGACGAGUAUUUAUUAAGAUCAACCAUAAGUCUCAGGCUAGAAAGAUGUUUGAAGGGGAAAUGGCAAGUUUGGAAGCUAUUCAGAAAACCAAUACUGUGAGAGUGCCUCAGCCUAUUAAAGUGAUUGACCUUCCUGGAGGAGGAGCGAUGUUUGUCAUGGAAUAUCUAAAGAUGAAGCAUCUCAACAAAUAUUCUUCAAAGCUUGGAGAGCAGAUAGCUGAACUUCAUCUUUAUAACCAGAAGCUUGGAGAGAAACUGAGAAAGGAGGAACACACAAUUGGUAAAGGUGCAGGCCAGUCUGAGUCUCAGUAUGUGGAUAAGUUUGGAUUCCAUACAGCCACCUGCUGUGGCUAUAUACCCCAGGUGAAUGAAUGGCAGAAUGAUUGGCCUUCUUUCUUUGUAUGUCACCGACUUCAGGCUCAAUUGGAUUUGAUUGAAAAGGAUUAUGGAGACAGAGAAGCAAGAGAACUGUGGUCACAGCUAAAGCUAAAGAUUCCUGAAAUGUUCUGUGACAUAGAAAUUGUUCCUGCUCUCCUGCAUGGGGACCUGUGGGCAGGAAAUGUGGCUGAGGAUGACUCCGGGCCAAUUGUCUUUGACCCUGCUUCCUUUUAUGGCCAUUCAGAAUUUGAACUGGCGAUUGCUGGAAUGUUUGGUGGGUUUAGCAGCUCUUUUUUCUCUGCCUAUCACAGUAAAAUACCCAAAGCUCCAGGAUUUGAGAAACGAAACAAAUUGUAUCAGCUCUUUAAUUAUAUAAACCACUGGAACCAUUUUGGGACAGGGUAUAGGGGCUCUACCCUAAAUGUAAUGAGAAAGCUUUUAAAGUAAACAAAAACAUUUGAGAAAUUCUGACAUAGUCCCUGCUUAUCAGAAGUAACACAAUCUAGAAAUUAAUGUUGAUGAUGAAACACAUGGCAGAUGUACCUUUAGAGCCUCACUAAAUGUUAGGAGUGAUUGUGUUAAUUAACUCUAUAUACUAGUUUACUACCACAGAUUCGUACUACACUGAAGAAAAGGACUACAUGGUUUGUGAAAACUUCACUAGGCUGCAAAAGUAGCAUGACAGUCAGGCUAACAUUACUGUGUGUAGACUGUCCUGCUUGUCAGUUGCUGCAUUUCCAUGCUCUUGUGCAUCUUGUCACUUCUGCUGUUCUACCACCAGUUCAUUAUUGAGAGCUACUGGGAUUGUGGUGCUGAAGUAAUCACUGGUUCCUUACCUCUCCUUUUUUUUUUUUUUUUUUUUUUUGUUGGGUUUUUCUUUUCUCUUCUGUCUGCUUCCAUCCCUUUUCCCAUUUAUGUUUCUGUGUUUUCUUUCCUUCCCCUUGUAAGAGUUCUGAUCCAAAAUUUAAUUCAGAUUCUAUGAAUCUAGAAAUUAAAACCUUCACUUUAUCUGAAGAAGAGUAGAUUGGGCCCUUUAGACUGCACUUUGCGAGCAUGUAUAAUAGCAUUUCUUGUAUUUUUGGUAUUUAAUUUGACAGGAUUUUCUUUUUAGCUAUAGUAAGACAUGUUAGUAUGUUAUGCUAUGAUAGUGAUGUAUAUUUAAAUAACUGUAAAAAUGUAUCAGGAGGGAGACUUAGCUAUUUGAUGAUAAGAAAGCAUCUAUUAUUGCUGCAAUGCUGAUUUGGACUUGAUUUUUUUCAGUUCUAGAAAAUAAUUUAUGUUGGGCAAAAGUAGUCUGUUCCAUCACUGCUUGCUUAUUGAAGGAACAGUGUAAAAAUGGAUGGUUUAAAAAUAUUUUUCAGUAUUCCUAUUUGCUUUAUUUUUACAGAAAAAAUAGGCAAUGAGAAUUUGGGGAGGAAAAGCAUGCAACAAAUAUACUGGCAUAGAAUAUUAGCAAGAAUAUGUUAACAAGUCAACCCUUUUUAAUGGAAGGAAGGAGGGGUAAAGAAAGUAAAUAAAAGUGCAAUCCCACGAAGGCUUAUGUGAAUUGGAAAAUCCAAAUUAGACAAACUGAAUCUAUGUCUUUAAGCUUUGGAUGUUGUAAUGCCUGAUACCUAAAAAGUUAUAUUCAAAAUGCUCAAAUAUGUUUAGAUCAUUUUUCAGCUUUACAUGGUACUGCUAUGAUAAAUAGUAUCUUGAAAAUAACGUUAUUCUGUAGAAUAUAGCAGACACUGAAACAAUAUUUUUUCUUAUGUUUACUAUGCUAAAAGAUUUCUUUUAAAGCUUAAAGUUGGAUUUUAGAACAUUAAGUAAUUUGAAUUUAUUCUACGUAAACAUAAUACGAAUAGUUUAAACUUUUUACUUACUUGAAUUUGGGCUACGAUGAGGUGAAUUUGUCACACUGUUUCUAACACUUGAUACAUUUAUAAUAGGGAAAAGUGGAAUGGGUGAUGUUAGAAUUCAGCUGAAAUUGUAGCUGAUAGCUGGAAGAUCCAGGCCUGGGAAAACUGCAAAGUGCACGAGAACUAGUAUUUAUUAAUGUUAACAAAAACACAUGUGAACGUAAGAUCUUUUCCUUGUCAAAUAAAAUACUUGCCUUGCAAAA